UUCCUUCAGCCAGAAUCCCCUUCAUUACUUGCUCAGAAGGUCCAGUUCUCUGGGUGCUGGUGGAGAUGCCCGAGCAGAGAAGGCGCCAGAUUCGCGGUUCACAAAGCUCACCUGAGAGGGAGAAGCUGGGCGACGAUGCCCUGGUGGCCCGCGCCAGGCCCGAGACAGGGGUCGCCAGGGCAGCAGUCGCCCUGGCGGGGGCAGCCUCCCCUUCCGCUGCUAAGUCCUGGCCUGGAGCUCAGAGUGUGUUGGCGGCCUCGCCGAGACGCCCGGCUGAGGUUGGCGUGACCUUUGCAGACAUUGCCCUGUACUUCUCCAGGGAAGAAUGGCAUCUCCUUGAUGAAGCUCAGAGACGUCUGUACCUGGAUGUGAUGCUGGAGAACUUUGAACUUAUAUCUUCACUGGGUUGCUGCUGUGGAACAGAGGACGUGGAAGAACUGAUUGAACAAAACAUUUCUGUAAGAGUGGUACAGGCAGAGAAUCCCAAGGUGGCUUUGUCUUCCCAGAAGAGCCACCCAUGUGGGAGUUGUGGGCCAGUGCUGAGAUACAUUUUCCACUUGACUGAAGAGCAGGGCACACAACACAGCCAGAAAUCAUUGCGGUGUGCAGCAUGUGCAAAACCAUUUUACAUCAGUACAAAGUGUCACCAGUACCAAGAGCACAAUGUGAGAGAGAAGCCUUUCGGAAGAGGUGGGGACAGGAUCCUACUUGCAGAGGGCUGCAAUGUCAGUGUGUCCCAGAAGCUUUUUAUCUGUGGGGAGUUUGGACAGGACAUUCUCACCAAGUCAGAACAUCUCCAACAAGAGGCUACACACACCAGGGACAGGCCAAAUGAAAUCUCACCAUAUGGAGGAGACACUAUUCAAAACGGAGAAAAUUAUUUCACCCUCAGUGAAUGUAAAAAACCCAUUGGCUGCAACCAUGCCUAUGUUCAAAAGAAGGAUGUCCAUACUGGAAGACAGUGUUUUGUGUGCCAUGAUGGUGGAAAAAAUGUCUCCAGAAUUUCUAGGUUUUGUUAUUGUCAGAGAGUUCCCAGUGGAGAAAAGCCCCAUCAGUGCAGUGAAUGUGGGAAAUCUUUUAAAAAGUUGUCUCAACUUCGUUGUCAUCAGACAGUUCACACUGCAGAAAGGCCUUAUCAGUGCAGUGUAUGUGGGAAGUCUUUUAAAAGAAGAAGUAGCCUCUAUUUGCAUGAGAAAAUUCACACUGGAGAAAGGUCUUAUGAAUGUAGUGAAUGUGGGAAAUCUUAUCUGACUAAAAGUGCCCUUUGCUCUCAUAAGAGUCGUCACACUGGAGAAAGGCCUUAUGAGUGUAGUGAAUGUGGGAAAUCUUUCUUUCUAAAGAGUGUACUUCAUUGUCAUGAAAGAGUUCAUACUGGAGAAAGGCCUUAUGAGUGCAGUGAAUGUGGGAAAUCCUUCUUCCGAAGGCAUGAAUUUCGUUGUCAUCAGAAUAUUCACACAGGAGAAAAGCCUUAUGUGUGCAGUGACUGUGGGAAAUCUUACCACAGUAAAACUGGCCUUCGUUGUCAUCAGAAUAUUCACAUGGGAGAAAAGCCUUAUGUGUGCAGUGAAUGUGGUAAAUCUUACCACAGUAAAACUCGCCUUCGUUGUCAUCAGAAUAUUCACACAGGAGAAAAGCCGUAUGUGUGCAGUGAAUGUGGGAAAUCUUAUCACAGUAAAAGUGGCCUUCAUCGUCAUCAGAGUAUUCACACAGGAAAAAAGUCAUAUGAAUGCAGUGAAUGUGGAAAAUCUUAUCACAGUAAAACUGGCCUUCGUAGUCAUCAGAUUCUUCACACAAGAGAAAGGCCUUAUGAGUGCAGUGAAUGUGGGAAAUCUUACCGUAGUAGCUCUGGCCUACGUUAUCAUCAGAAUUUUCACACAAGAGGAAAGCCUUAUGUGUGCAGUGAAUGUGGGAAAUCUUAUUGCAGUAAAAUUAGCCUGCACUAUCAUGAGAGAUUUCACACAGGAGAAAGGCCUUGUUAGUACAGUGAAUGUGCAGAAGGUCUUAGAUAUUAGGACAUGUACAGGAUUUUACUUUCAUGGUAAAAAUAACAGAAUUCUGUGAAGCCUUGGCUGAACCAUAUCUCAUACAGCCAAGCACCAACAGUAAGGAGGUUCCCAUGAUAACCUCUCAUUUGUGAAGCCUGUGUGUCUGUGUUGCACUUUCUUGAUUUACCCAGGUAGUUUGCCAGGUCCAUGUCACUGCAUAUUUCUGUUGAAGGUAUAUCCUGUGUACCAUCUAUAAUGUUCCAAGAGAUUCCAUGAGUCAUCAUGGUUGAUGUGGCCAGAAAAGGUAACUAUUGUGUGAUUUGUUGGAGAAAAUGAGGAGUAGCCUAACUUUUUAGGUCUUUUUUCCUUGUACUCCCACUACUUGGUGCAGUGACCUGACUCAAUUUUGGCCCAGAAAACAUCAUCUGAAUUCAGAUGUCAGCUUGUAGGAGGACUGCAUUUUUGUGGAACAUGCUCAUUUUUACAUAGGCAGAGAUCGUUUUUGAGUGUGCAGAAUACCAAUGACAGAACUGCCAAGCUAAUCUCUCUUGGCUUGGUAAGAUAAUGGAGAAGUUUUUUCCAAGUCUUCUUUAAUCUUGGGUGCUCUACUUAUUGUGUGGGAUAGUUCAUAAGCAGUUUUGGGCCCCACAAGCAUCAAGAAGUGAACAACUUUUAUGUGUGUCUCAACUUUCUCUGCCUCUGUGGGGACAGUUUGGUGCAGAAAUCAACGCAGUGGUUUUUGCCAGACUGCAUUCCUGCUCAUAUCCCCUCAGGAAGACUGUGGGCUGUCUAGUUCUUAGGAGAAGCUUAAAUGCUGUGAGUUUCAGAAGACAUGGAUGCCACUGCAAGGAAAGGGUAGGUAUGACAACCUCAAUAUGUCUGGGAACAGCAUGAAUUUUUUUCAUGUAAAGGAUGGUAAUAUUAUUGCAGGGAAUCUCUGGCCCAGGCCUUCCAAAGUGCCAUGUGCCAUAAUGUCGGCAAUUCCAUGGGGGGUGGCCAAGUGGUAGCACCAUAGAGGUGAGGGAAACUGUGAUUGCAAUAGAAACACUGCUGUGACAGGUGCUGGAGGAGACUGAGGCAACUAGACAGAAUGUUCAUUUUCUCAGUGUUUAUCCAGAAACGUUUCUGAGAAAAAGAGUAUAGGAUCAGUGUGUACACAAAAGGCAGGAUCUGCAGGAAUAUUUAUCUCUGUUGAUUCAGUCAUUGUCAUUGAAUAUAAUCAGCAGGUUUUGUGGCCCCGAACAGGUAGCUCAGUUGGGUAGAGUAUCAUGUUGAUAUGUCAUGGUUCUGAUUUGAAUUCUUGGUAAGGACACAUAUAAGAAGCAAGAAAUGAAUGCACAUGUAGUAGGACCAAAAAUCCAGAUUUUUCUUUCUUCCCCUCCCACCCUCCCUCUCUCUGCCCACCUCUUUUCUCCCUUUCCUCCUCUGUCCCCUAC